AUGGGUUCUCUUACCUGUAUGUUACCUGAUGAUAUAAUGGUGGAUAUCCUCAAAGCAUUGCCCUUGGAGACCAUACACAGAUUCAAGGCUGUGUCGAAAACAUGGGAACAGUUUCUCUCCUGUUACAACUUUAUGAGAAUCUUCUCUAUUUCCCCUUCCUUAGAAACACAGCCUCUCUAUGUCUUCCUUGGAGAGAACUGCAAUGAGAGGCACUUGCUUUAUGCCAAUGAUUUUGAGCUCAACAAUCCUCCAUCCUCCCAAAAAACACUGUUUCAUAAUAAAGGCUUAGAUCAAGUAGCCUGCAGCAAUGGCAUGGUAUGCUGUCUAAUUCGAACAAAGAUGUCAUGGAGAAAGUCAUGCUCAUUUGAAAUCGGGAACCCUCUCAUCCAGAGGGAAUUCAUCCCACUACCUGAGUUUGAAUUUGAUGUGAUCAAUUUCGCAUUCCACUUCAACCCCAGAAUGCGCGAUCUCUUGCUCUUGGUGAACUCCAGAUGUUUCCGAAACCAACACUCGCUCUCCAAUUUCAGGGCAGUCCAAAUAUUCGAUUCGAUCACCGGAGAAUGGAAGAGAACUAGAGCGAAACCACCAUUUCAUCCUGGUGUCAAUUCAAUGUUACUGUCUAUUGGCACCACUUGCUAUGGAUUUUCUUCAGAUUGGAAUUCUGUGGUGGCUUUUGACAUGAAGAAGGAGAAAUGGCAGAAAAUCCCCACACCAAUGAGGCCUAUAAUGGGAGACAUCAGAAUCCAAGAUAGAGAAGGUAAGCUUUGCAUUAUGCUGGUUACCAAAGAAAAGGAAGCUCACAUUUGGGUUUUAGAUGAAGAGAGAACCUGGGUAGAGCAGGUGAGAGCUGAUUUGAAGGAAUUUGGUUUGAGAUAUGCUUUUGUUUAUCCCACACUUUGGAUUGGUGAUACUUUCUUACUGCGCUCUAGAGGAAAGUUCAUGGCAUAUGAUACAAACAGUAACCAGAUGGAAACAUUUGCAGGUCCUCUUGAAUGGGUUGGUGACUUUUAUACUUAUUGCCCCACCCUGCUAACUUGCAAGUUUGGAGCAAGUUAUAAAAGGUUGAAGUUAAGGUGA